AUGAGCUGGGUUAAGUCAAGCGAAUUUAACUCAAAUUAUGUUUGUUCGCUGGACGUAUUUUAUUCAGUGCUUCUGAUAACGGAGAUCAACGUGCAAUUGGCAUUGUUCCGCGACCUUCUGAUUCACAUCGGCCAACCACAUGACUGUCCUGAGCUUCGAGAACGUGUGCGACGACUGCGACGCGCAUGCGUCGAGGCCACGAAGCAGACUAGCCAGCUCGUACUUCCUAACUGUAAAAAGUCCACGAGUGAAGGCUGCACAGAACAACCUCAAAUGGUGCUGCUGUACUUCAUGGCACAGCUUCUGCUACGAGAGCUUGCCAAGUGUCACCGACUCGUUCAACUCGUGCCAAUGGACAUGACGUCUUAUUACGAAAACCGGGCCGGUCCGUCCAACUUCGGCAACGUGAUCAGCCAAAUUUUGCUCUGCAAACAGAUUACGCCAGACUUCAAUCAAGAAGAGUUAUGCAGUAUCAUCAAGGAUACGCAAGAAAUCACAAAAAUAGUCAACGAUAUACAAGAAUAUUUACCACAACACGAGAAUUUGAACCACUUAGAGAGCAACAUCGCACUAAAAGGGGACGACGUUAACGGUCUAUGGAGGGAUAAGCGAAGAGGAUCUCUAUACAAAGGCAUGGGAGUACUCUGUUGUGUGUCCCGACCUAACUACCUCUGA